AUGGUAACGAAGCGUGUAGUUCCUCUCGAAGAUGUGGACUCAGUUACUCAGGAGCCAAUGCAUCUAGAUGAAAGCUUCAUCGACGCAUUCCCGAUCAUGUCCAAUGAACAGGCAGGACAUCUACGCCACUUUCAUAACUUGGUCAAGCAGAAAGACGGGGAGUGGCGUCAUAUGGGCUCUCAAAAGGCCGGUCAAGAGUUACUUGACGGGUACCGAUAUCAACUGGCGACGAUGACCUAUGCUGCAGGAGCAACGCAUUACUUUCGACUACCUCUGUUGAGAUCACUAUUCCAAACCCUACUUGAGAAGCUCAUCGCCAAGAUGUUAUUAGGAGACGUUUGGGGUUAUUGGUAUCUUACUAGCCAGAGCGGUGUUUUUGUAGACCCCGAUCUCAAGGAGCUGCGAAAACCCUGGGCGGAUCCAAUCAAAAGGGAGAACAUAAUGUACUCUGGUCACCUCCUCCAUAUGGUGUCCUUGUACUCGAUGCUGUUUGACAGUGACAGAUACGAGGAGAGUGAUGCUUUUUUAUUUGAUUGGGAGCCAACCUUCUGGGGCAUGGGACCAGAAAAGUUCACUUAUAACCUCACAUCCUUGCAAGAAGCUAUAUUGAAAGACAUGGAGAGAGAGAACUGGCUCGGUGUCUGUUGUGAGCCAAACAGCAUAUUCAUCGUCUGCAAUCAAUUUCCGAUGAUUGGUAUGCGAUACAACGAUGUGCGGAAGGGCACCGACGUCGCCCCAACUGUUCUCGAAAAAUACCAAAAGGCUUGGAACUCGACGGGUAUGUUCCAAGACGAUGGCCUCCUCAUUGACUGGUUUUCUCCGAAACACAAAAGCAAAACAUAUGCUCAGGAUCCCGGUUUCACAGCUUGGGCUGCUGCUUUCCUCAAUGCCUGGAGUCCAGAGAUAGCGAACACCGCCUACAAGACGGCACACAAGAUGGCAUUGCAGACCGUGGCGAACUAUAGCCACUCGGCUGCCGCAGACCACCCGGUGAAAACAUCCACUGCUACAAAGCCCGUUAAACCCCUUCCGGGAUACGUAGCUCAGAUGAUCUCUGAAGUUGGUGACGAGCCAGCUUUGACUCAGUAUCUGGAGUUCAUUGACACGGCUUACAAUUCGACCUGGGAAGAAGGUGGACUCUUUUACCCGGCCAGUGGGCAAAGAACCGAUGAUCUACAACCAAUGGAUUCUCUAAGCGGUAACGCAGGUAUUCCCUACGCGAGAUUAAAUGUCUUUGACGGCCAGCGCAAGAUGUACGAGAAGCCCUGGACGAAAGAGCACUUUUCUACCUACCCCUUCAUCGACAAUGUCGAUCUGUCCAGUGGUGUAGACUUCUUGCGCGGAGCCUGGAACGAAAGUCUUGCAGCAAUGGCCAUUACUAUGCGUACCUAUUCUGGGAUCAAUAAGACAGUUAACCUUGAUAUUUCGGGCUUGCGACAGGGAAGAUACAGGCUUUACGAAAACCGUAAGCUUCUUGGCGCAUACAAGAUCAGCACUAGGACGGACAUAAUUCAACUGAAGAAAAACGUGAACAACGAGGCUGUAGACAUCGUCAUUCAAAGAGCUUAG